AUCGCACUCGCCUCAACUAAAUUAGAAACAAAUUUUGCGUAAAAUUAUUAAAUUUCACUAGAAAUAAACAUGUCCAUUCCAGAGAUAAAAGCCGUUCUGUCGCUGCGAAGUUUUUUCAUCUUCAAUUCCAACUUUGGCCCGAAAGAAGGAGAGGAGGAAAAGAAAAUUCUCUUCUACCACCCGCAGGAAACGGAUAUCGAUUCCAAAGUCAAGGAUGUUGGUCUCUGCGAAGCCAUCGUCAAAUUUAGCAGCACAUUCACCAACGACGACAGUGUCCAGGCGAUGCACACACAGAAAACCUGCCAGCUGUAUCACCAGCCGGAACCGGGUUACUGGAUGACACUGGUUCUGAAUGUUCCAUUCGAGAGGAAAACCCGCGAAACCGGUGACUACAUCGAAUAUCACGGUGAUGACAUUCACGACACCGUCUACCAGGCGGUGCUCAAGCAAUCCUACCGAAUGUUCCGUCUAUUCCACGGAACCUUUGAGAGCAAUCUCAAACCGGCCGAAGACCUAGACUCCGUUGCCAACUUGAUUGGCAAGCUGGAAGAGUUCUACUUCAAGUACAUUCUCCACCUGAAGCUGAAAGACUGUGAUGUGUUGGAUGCCUUUGGAAGUGUGCAGUACCUCCCGUUGAACCAACUAUUGUUCCUGAGAGUUCAAAAUUUUAUCAACAUGAUUGAAGCUACCUUCGACCCAAUCAAGCAAUGCAUUUUCCUCUACGAUGAUCACAUAAUCUGGAGUGGAGUCAAUCCGCAUGAUCUAUACACGAUCUACGAGUACUUGAACGGACCAAUGUUCCAGUUGACCCCGGGCCACGGACAUUCCCGUAAGGUGUACAUACAGGAAAACGGCCACGAUAAGGCCUACAAUUUUAUGGUAUGCCGAAAAGUGCAGAACAUCACUCUCUGCCUGUUUUUGGAAGACAUCGAAAACGAACAGGCUCUUUACCACGAACUGAACGCCGUGAUCAAUCCCCAGCUGACUAGUAUCUCUUCGGACAUAACGCAACACCUAGCACAGCAACCAUCUCCGGAUGGGUCCUCUGGCAAGGAUGACUCCGCCACUAGUCCGAAGUUUGUCUACUUCAACGAACUGAACCUCCACUACCGAGGGACGAUCAAGCUGGGAGUUCAAAAGCGAAACAAUCCCGGAGGAAGCAUUCCGAAUGAUGUGAUGAAUUUGAUCGUUGAUCUGUUGGACGAUUCGCGGCGGAAUGGCGAUGGUUUGACGACGAACGUGACGGAGGAAACGAUUCUGAAGACACACGACGACUACUGGAUAGUGAAGAGAAGUUGCAACUCGAGGCACGUUUUCAUUGUGCUGAACAAAAGUUCCACGCUGAUCGACGUGAGCGAAGAAACGAAGCGCGUAUUGGACCAGAACAUGAAGGGGGUGUUCUUCUGAGGGGAGAGAUGUGCAUGUGUGGUCCUCGUAAGGGCGGGAUGGUUUCUAUCUAGCGGACACUUCUUGUUUAUUCUUGUUUGGAGAUUAUUAGCUCUUUGAUUAUG